AUGGGAGGAGUCGCCGGAGAUAUGUUAUUGCCACCUUCAUCGCUUGAGCUCGAGUUCUUCUCGCCGUCCGUAGAGGCUGCUGCUGCUGCUCGUCGUAGUCUUGGAUGUUGGUCCUCCAUUCCACGGUUGAAGAUGAAAGUCCUUCGAAGCUUCUUUGUGGUUGUGUACGAAUCCUCAGAUUCCGACCCAUGCAUUCCAUCUCGAUUGUGUUUCGACCGCAAUGUGAAUAGGAAGAUAUGGACAGGUGUCGUAGCAAAGGCCUCCAUUGAUUUGCCAUCUGUCGUUGUCCGAACUUUUGAGUGGAAGUCGUCGCUGGUGACGCAGGUGACACUUUUUUCGUCCGGGUUUCUCCUUGCCCAUCUCUUCUUCUUCCUUGCCAUUCUCAUCGCAACUCCUUUCUCUCCCUUCCCCAACACCACCACCUGCGCUUCAUCGCAGCAAGCUUCAUCACGGUUCACUUUCGGAUCAACCUCUUCACCUUCUUCAUCUCUAUUUGGUUCUGCCGCUCCGUCCACUGGCGGCUUCUCAAUGGGGACAUCACUUUUUGGUUCUUCGUCCUCUUCCACAGCUCCUUCUUCUACUACGUCUAAUAUUUUUGGUGGAUCUCAGGCCUCUUCUGCCGCAAAAUUAUCUUUUCCAUUUGGUUCUUCUUCAUCAUCAUCGGGAUCGUCAACUUUGAGCCCUACCUUUGGAUUAACUUCUCGUUCUGCUUCUUCGGGUUCCACUGCUCCUUUGGGAUUUGGAUUUCCUUCGAGUUUUGCAUCUGGAGCGAGUAUCGGUUCACCUCUGUUUGGUGUCACUUCGUCGUCUUCGCCGUUCGGAUCUUCUUUUACUUCAGGUUCUGCUGCAACUGCCAAUCCCGUGGCUGCUCAAAAUCCGGUCACCCGAUCUGUUGUCACUAACCAUACAUCCGACAAUGAAGAUGAUGACGAGUCUGGUACAGAAUCCGGUUCUGAUUCUGACCCUUCACCAGAAAAGGAUCUCAAAUUUCCCUAA